UCUCAGCUAACUCUUUUACUGACACCAUGUGGCCAUUAUGUGAAGCUGCUGAUAUGUUUUCUGGUUUCCCACACGGUAGGUAAUUCUUACAUUAACAAACGAACAGUUAAGACAGCAUCAGCCCAACUACCGUUAAAUCAGUUGCCAAUAAAGUAUUGGAUGUAAAGUCACCCCAAACCUGGAACAACGUUCAAAUCAAUGUAACAAAUAGCAUGCAGAGAGGGAAUUAUAUUUGUAUACACAACAUUCACAGUAUCGAAGAACUGGUGCCUCGAUCCCCUGAAUAUUUAGUAAACAAAAAAGCACCAUUAAAGCGAAGGAAACAAAUGCACGGAAGCAGAGACUUGACAGAACAGCCAUGGAGCUACUGGGAAACAUUCAAUGUACAAUGAUGACAAGACACCAAAAGGCUGAGGUAAUGAUUGCCGGAGAGCAGCUAAGAAUGCGGCUACAAGACAGCAAGUUGAUCAAGGACCGCAGGCACCAUUUGCGAACGUACCCAAACUGUUUUGUGGCUCAGGAGGUUAUUGACUGGCUGAUUGCUCAUAAAGAGGUGCCUGAUCGAGAGACUGCGGUCCAGCUCAUGCAGCACCUCAUGGACCAUGAUAUCAUUCAUCACGUGUGUGAUAAGUGGCCCGUGUUUAAAGACGACCAAUACUUGUACAGAUUUAGAAAGGAUGAUGGCACAUUUCCUUUCAACAUAGAGGUUAAGAUCUUCAUGCGUGGACAGAGGCUGUAUGAACAACGGGAUUUUCAAAACACAUCUGUUGCUUUUUACAGUUUGAUUACAAGCAAAGACCCCAUCUUACAGCCGAGACAGGAAAAGGGAGUGGCUUAUGAACGUUCUUUCCCUGGUUACAUGUUAAUUGAUUGGCUGCUACAGAACGGUGAAAUAGAGAGUCGACGGCAAGGACUGGAUCUCUGUAAGGCCCUGCUAGAGCAUGGCAUCAUACAGCAUGUCUCUCUGAAGCACCACUUCUUUGACAGCGGGCUGCUGUAUCAAUUCUGCAUUAACUUUCGCCGGCGGCGCCGUCUUUCUGAACUGUUGCACGAGACAGAGAACGAAGAGGUUGAAUGCAUAACAGAGCAAAGCCAAGAAGACCAGCCUGACAGUCCCUUUACAGUACACAAAACAUCUCCACUUGAAGGCAACAGUGACUUCUCAUCUGAGAUUCAGCCUAUUUUGGAUGAACAAUGUGGAAGUGUGACCCACCAGCAGCAGAGUUCACGUGGAUACCCACUGACGGCUUCUCUCACUGCUGCCCUUGCAGUGCGAUGCAAUCCCACAUCAGUGCUGAAAAGAUAUGUAACCUGUGAGGAGCUGUUAUCUCCAGGUGCUCCUUAUGUAAAAAGAGUUCUUACGAUCCUCGGUGAUGCCCUAGGCUGGGGCUUUGUAGUACGCGGAAAAUCACCUUGUUAUGUUCAGGCUGUGGAUCCUGCAAGCCCUGCUGCGGCAGCAGGAAUUAAGGUUCGCCAGUUUGUGUGCCAAGUAAAUGGACGAAGUGUGCUUCAUCUGGACUAUCGCACUCUUUCAAAGCUGGUGAUGACUGGACCCCGUGUUGUUACUUUGGAAGUCAUGGAACCACUGGAUUAAUUCAGGAGAUAUAUAUAUAUAUAUAUAUAUAUAUAUAUAUUAUAUAUAUAUAUAUAUUCACACCAAUUGAAUACCAUGGUUUUCUUUAUCAGGACAUAUAAAAAAAUAACAGGUUAUUUCCAGGUCUUAAAAUGUAGAAAAUAAAACCUUUGAACAACAUGACAUAUUGCACCGUGUCAUUGUUUAACAAAGUAAAGCCAAAAAGGAAAAGCUAUGGGUAACAAAAUUAGGACAUCCUCAUCAAAUACCUUAACUGAUCAUCAGCAAGUGUGAAUACCUAUAUAAAAACAAAUGUUACAAUGACAAGGAGGAAUGAUCUUAGAGAAGCAAUUGUUGCUGCCUUUAGUCUGGAACUAGUCCACCAUUCUGCAGUGAGAAAGCUUAUUAAGUGGAAAACAUUAAAAACAGACACCCAUCCUCCCAAUUAGUGUGCAUCCCAGCAAAUUUGUUCCAAGAUCAGACCAUGUAACACUUAGAGAAAUGCCAGACAACCCAAGAACUUCACAGCAGACUCUACAGACCUCAGUUAACGUUAAAAUGAAACAUGAAAAGCUAAAAUUUAUGACAGUACAGUUAGAAAAAAACGAGACAAGCUAAACAUUCUGACUGAAAUUGUGUGGUGAGAGUUGUUCAUAAACAAAUGCCAUCAAAUUACAAUAAACCGGAGCAAUGUUGUAAAGAAGAGCAGGCCAAAAUUCAUCCAGAAUGAUGUGAGAGACUGAGGAAAUCAUACAGAAAAUGAUUAGUUCAAAUUAUUACUGCUAAAAAGUGGAUCUACAGGCAAUUAAAUCAUAGGGUGUCCUCCUAACUUUUUGUUAAUCAAAUAAUGACGUGUGGUGAUAUUUUUUAAUUUUAUGACUUUCCAAGGAUAACAUCAUUUUUUAUUAUCUCCUGAGUCAGAAAACCAUGGAUGGAAUUCAAAAGGGCACCCUAAAUUGUUCACAUGACUAUAUAGCAUAGUAGGUGAAGGAUGUGUAAUAUUUUUUCUCAAUAUCAUAUCUCAUUUUUCUCAUACCAUGUACCAUGCACAACACAGUCAAUAUGUAAUGCACAUUUUGUCAGUAAAGCCGGUUCUGUAAUGAGUGAUUUUGUGAUUUCACACCGAGCAGCAUUUACACAGAACCUUUGUUCACUGACUUGUGUCAUUUUGGUGCCUUUAAUCUUGAAUUUGUAAAGUGGACAUAAUGUUUCCCAUGUGACCAAAAUAUAUUAAACUUGUUCUCAUCACUAAAGUGAA